UGAGGAUUGCCAAAGUUGUAUCUGGGGUAAAAGUGGAGCGCUGGAAUUUUUUGAAGAUAAUUUUAUUGCAGAAAGAGAGGCAGUCUAGGAAAGUUCUCCAUGAAUGUACGUCACAAUGAUGAUGACAGACCAGAUUCCACUGGACCUGCCGCCGCCAUUACUGAACGGGGAGGUCGCCAUGAUGCCGCACAUGGUUAACGGAGAUGCAUCACAACAGGUCAUCCUGGUACAAGUCAACCCUGGGGAAACUUUCACCAUAAGGGCUGAGGAUGGCUCUCUACAAUGUAUUCAAGGGCCUGCCGAAGUUCCGAUGAUGUCACCCAAUGGCUCCAUUCCGCCCAUCCAUGUACCCCCUGGCUAUAUCUCCCAGGUGUUGGAGGACAACACAGGGGUUCGACGGGUGGUGGUUACGCCUCAGUCUCCCGAGUGCUAUCCUCCUAGCUACUCCCCGGCCAUCUCCCCCACUCACCAUUUACCCCCCUACAUGGCCCAUCCCCACUUCAUCCCCAACUCCCACACAGCCUUCUACCCACCUGUCAGCCCAGGGGACAUGCCCCCUCACCAGUACUACCAGCACCACCUCCCACCCAUGUAUAGUGAAGAAAUAAUCCCUCUGUAUGGAAUGAACUACAUUGGACGGGAUGACCAGUACAAACCACAGCCCAAGAAGGUGAAGGACAGAUUGGAUCGGCAAAACCGCCUCAAUAGCCCUCCUUCAUCCAUCUACAAGAGCAACAUGGGCUGUAACAACAUGUAUAACGGCUACGGCAAGAGCCACGGCAGCAUAGGGGGCAGCGAGGGCAGCAGUGGCGGAAGCCCCGGUACAAAGAAGACGGGCCGCGGAGCACGCAGCAGUCCCAGAACCAGCGAGCCAGACCUCCAGGAUCAUGAUACAGAGGCAAAAAGAGUUCAAGACAUGCUUUCAGGAAUGGACAAACCACAGGUGUCUAACGUCCAGGCUAGGACCGCACGGCUUACCUGGGCUCCCCCAGCAGGCCUCCUGAACAGAGACAGGCACAGUAACGGACACCCGUAUUCAUGUAGCUAUGAGGUGACAUUGUCGGACAAGGGCCGGGAUGGAAAAUACCGCGUUAUCUACAGUGGAGAGGAAUUGGAGUGCAAUUUAAAAGACCUUAGACCAGCAACAGACUACCAUGUUAGAGUGAACGCCGUGUGUAAUUCAGUGAAGGGCUCAUGCUCAGAGGCGGGCACUUUCACCACCCACAGCAGUGCGCCCGACUGCCCCUUCCCCCCCAAACUGUCCCACCGCACCAAGAGCUCCCUCACCCUGCAGUGGAAGCCACCAGUCGACAACGGAUCUAAAAUCACCAGUUAUCUUCUCGAGUGGGAUGAGGGAAAAAGAAACAACAUUUUCAGAGAAUGUUAUUUUGGGAGCCAAAGGCACUAUAAACUGACUCGUCUGUGUCCAGCCAUGGCGUACACGUUUCGACUGGCAGCACGGAAUGAUAUAGGCAUCAGUGGCUUUAGCCCAGAAGUGGUCUUCUACACGACUGGAAGUCUCCCCCACUUGCCACUGGCACCCCGACUGGUGCGAGCUGGAAUCACCUGGAUAACGCUGGAGUGGAGCAGGCCUGACGGCUGUAGCGCGGAGGAGCCCGUCACCUACACGCUGGAGAUCCAGGAAGAAAACAAUGGAACGGAAUUUCACCCAAAGUACACUGGAGAAAACUUGACAUGUACUGUAGAGGGCUUGAAGAGGAGCACACAGUAUAAAUUCAGGCUCAUAGCCUCUAACAUGGAGGGCAGGAGCAACCCCAGUGAAGUCCUCGUGUGCAACACAAGUCCAGACAAGCCCGGACCCCCCUCCAGACCCUGUGUCAAGGGAGCCAUCAGUCCCUACAGCUUCAGUGUGACAUGGGACCCUCCACAAGACAAUGGCGGUUCAGAAAUCUUGACAUACCUCUUGGAGAUUUCAGAAGGAAACUCUGACGCCAAUCAGUGGGACAUUGCCUACAGUGGGCCAGCCACUGAGUGUGUGUGUGAUCAUUUGAAACCUGGCACUUUGUACAGACUGCGCAUCUGCUGCAUCAGCACUGGUGGACACAGUCAGUGUUCGGAGAGCCUGCCAGUCCGCACGUUAAGUGUGGCCCCCGGCCCCUGCCAGCCCCCCAGAGUCGUAGGCAAAGCCAAACAUAAAGAAGUGCAUUUACAGUGGGAUUGUCCCUCCACCGAGGGAGCGUGUGAGGUGACGGAGUAUAGUCUGGAGAUGAGUGGAGGAGAUGCUGAGCCUGCUGAGGUCUAUCAUGGGUCUGAUCUGGAGUGCACUGUGAGCAGCCUGCUCCCCGGUGCCACCUACAGCUUCCGUCUCCGCGCCGCCAACGAAGCAGGGUAUGGAACCUACUCUGAACCGGCUGAUGUCACGACCGCCGCAGGACCUCCAGGCCAAUGUGGGGCACCCUCACUUACCCUGACGUCUAAUACCUGUGUACUGGUCAGCUGGGAGAGCCCAGAAAACUCAGGGGCAGACAUCUCUGAGUACCGCCUGGAGUGGGGGAAGGAAGACGAGCCGUUGGAGCUCAUCUACUGCGGCACUGACACCCAGUGUGAAGUCUCGGACCUGACGCCCGCCUCACGUUACUGCUGCAGAUUGCAGGCAGCCAAUCAGGCAGGAGCAGGGCCGUACAGUGAGCAAGUGAACUGUCAGACACCCGCCACAGUGCCAGACCCUGUAUCUGUUUUCUAUGUGCCAGAACACGACCCCACAGACGCAGAGUUCUUCUCUCCCUCCACCUGCCUGGCGCUCAAAUGGGAGGAGCCAAGCUGUAACGGGUCUGACAUCACCUCUUACAUCAUCACUCUGGGAGAACAGGUCAUCAGCCUUGACAACAGCACCUGCUAUGUUAUUAAAGACCUACAGCCUGAUAGCGAACACAGUCUGCAGAUCCAGGCUGUGAAUGCCAUUGGUGCUGGCCCUCUCUGUCUCCCCCUGUUGGCUCGUACCAGACCGUUGCCCCCAGCGCCACCUCGUCUGGAGUGUGCUGCUGCCGGACCCCAGAGUCUCAAACUGAAAUGGGGAGACAGCAACAACACCAAGAUCCUACUCAGUGAUGAGAUGGCCUACAACUUACAGAUGGAGGACAAGAAUAGAAGGUUUGUCACAAUCUACCGAGGGCCGAGCCACACAUAUAAGGUACAGAGACUAACCGAAUCCAGCAGCUACUGCUUCAGGAUCCAGGCUGUGAGUGAGGCAGGAGAGGGUCCUUUCUCAGACACCUAUACUUUCAACACCACCAAAUCUAUGCCUCCAGCACUCAAAGCCCCCAAGGUCAUCCAACUGGAGGGCAACAUGUGUGAGGUUACAUGGGAGAGCAUUCCACCAAUAAGAGGAGAUCCCAUCAGCUACAUCCUCCAAGUGCUGGUGGGGAGGGAAUCUGAAUACAAACAGGUAUAUAAGGGGGAGGGUUCUUCGUUCCAGAUCUCGGGUCUACAGAUCAACACAGAAUACCGUUUCCGUGUGUGCGUUUGCCGUCGAUGCCAGGACAGUACUCAGGAGCUGUGUGGCCCCCUCAGUCCCUCUUCUCUGUUCACCAUGCGCCGUACUGAGCUGGCAAUGCCCGGGGAGGCGGCCACCAGCACUACAGCGAACGCCAUGGGCAUCCUCUCCACUGACGAACGCUUUGCCGCGGCCCUCGUCGGCGCUUUUGCCGCCCUCUCGUUCCUUAUUGCCUUCAUAGUGGAAUACUUUUUCAUGGAGUGAGGGAAGAGCAUGGCACCUAGCCAAGAAAGAGAACAUUUAUAGGGGAAAACAAAACGAAACAAAAAAAACAGAAAAACAAAACAAAGAACACUUGAGGUAUACAUCUGACACUACGCAUUGUAGUUUGAGUAUGUAUUCAUUCUCUUCUCCUCUCUUUCUUUUGUGUCGUCUGUAUCCAUUCUUCCUCUCCAACUGCUCUCUCACUCAUUCAUGAUACGAUGUCUGGAUUUUGCUCGACAGAAAGCUGAAGUCUUUGCCGCACCUUGGGAAAAGCAAAUUCAGAUUAUCAUGGCCUUACGUGUGUUCACUAGGCAGUCUGAUUUGCAUGG